AUGUCGCGUUGGUGGGGUCGAGGCCCGUAUUUCGUGACCACCUCCCGCGGCGCGCGGAUCUUGUGCAUCGGCGGAUUCAAGUUCCGCCGGCACCGUGACGCGGGGCCGAAGACGCGAUGGUACUGCUCGACGCACCACGGGCGCGGAUGUUCGGCCGCCCUGUUCACGAUCGACGACAGGAUCAUUAAGUGCAACAACGUUCACACACACGCGCGGAUC